UGUGCGCAUAUUUGGAAUCCUUCUAUGGGAUUGGUUUCUGAAUUCUGUUACUUGAAACCCAGCAGGAAGGUACUCUUUUACCCCGGAGACAUGACAGCCCACCGACAAUUAACUUCUGUUUACAUGGAACUCAGGAGUCUGCAAACCAUGCCUCAAUCUAGGUGGGAGGUGGCGAAAGCAGAGCGGGAACAUUGUGUAGGCGGAACUCGAGUGCAGCAGUGGGAGGCUUCCGGGGGAACAGCACCGGUGACGGGUCGGCGGAGACAGAAAAGCGCCGGACGCCGGGCGGAUCAUGGAAGCUUGACAACCUGCAGGCAGGCUCUGGGAGGCCGAGACAUCGGCGAAGAAAAGAGAGUCGGCGGGGACAGAUCUCAAGACCAGAGAAUGGCAGGUGAACAGAAACCCUCAAGUAACCUCUUGGAGCAGUUUAUUUUAUUAGCCAAAGGUACCAGUGGCUCAGCCCUCACCACUCUCAUAAGCCAGGUGCUGGAGGCUCCUGGUGUUUAUGUUUUUGGAGAACUGCUGGAGUUGGCCAAUGUUCAGGAGCUUGCAGAAGGAGCUAAUGCUUCCUAUUUACAGUUGCUGAACCUGUUUGCCUAUGGUACAUACCCGGAUUACCUAGCCAACAAGGAGAGCCUGCCAGCACUGAGUGCAGCUCAGCAGAACAAGCUGAAGCAUCUUACCAUCGUGAGUUUGGCAUCAAGAAUGAAGUGUAUCCCCUACUCUGUGCUGCUGAAGGACCUGGAGAUGAGGAAUCUCAGGGAACUAGAAGACCUUAUCAUUGAGGCUGUCUACACUGACAUCAUCCAGGGCAAGCUGGACCAGCGAAAUCAGCUCCUGGAAGUGGAUUUCUGCAUUGGCCGUGACAUCCGGAAGAAAGAUAUCAAUAACAUUGUCAAGACCUUGCAUGAGUGGUGUGACGGCUGUGAGGCAGUUCUCUUGGGCAUUGAACAGCAAGUUCUGAGAGCCAACCAGUACAAAGAGAACCACCACCGGACUCAGCAGCAGGUGGAAGCCGAGGUUAGCAACAUUAAGAAGACACUCAAAGCAACAGCAUCCUCCUCAGCUCAGGAAAUGGAGCAGCAGCUGGCUGAACGGGAGUGUCCCCCCCAUACUGAGCAGAGGCAACCCACUAAGAAGAUGUCCAAAGUGAAAGGUCUGGUCUCCAGCCGCCACUAGGGCUGGCUGGGGCAGCUGGCACUCAGCAGGCCUGGGUCAGGUCGGGAGGGGACACCCAGGGCCUAUUCCGUCCCUCUCUAACUGCAGUGAGUUCCAGAUCUGCCCUCCCCUCACCAGUACCUCCCCAUCCAUUGGUACCAUUGCGGAAAAUGAUUGCUCCUCCCUUGCCUCUUUUCCUAGUUGCUCCCUUCAGACUCAGGGGCUCAACGGAUGCCAUCCUAACAGGGUUUAACACUGCCCGGCUUCCCUGCAGGGGUCCUUGUUUCUGUGAUGGGCUACCUCCCUCCCAGUUGUUCUUUUGCUCCCUGUCAUUUUGUCAGGCUGGUCAUAAGCUGGAGGCAGUUUACCCAGCCCCGAGGGAUGACUGUGGAGGUGGCUCCUCUCUGAGUGAAGGGGGGCCUUCCUUCUCCAGCCCCAUGUACCACAGUACCCACAAUGGUGCAAGUGUCUAGCCAGGUAGCACAUUGUCCCCUCUCCUGCCUUACCCCUGUUGGCAGUGCCAGUUCAGGCCAUGGAGGGGAUGUGGUGCUGGGCUAUGUUUACUAAACCUUUGGGUUUUCAGCCUCUUAACCCCAGCCAGGAUCUCUCAUCAAGUUGGGGCACUGGGCUGACUAACCCCUGGUGUCUGAUACCAGUGGAGGCUGCUUGGGUCUGUGGGCAGCAGAAGGUGUUUCUCCUAGCUUGGUGUCCUCUGCUGGCUACUCUUCCUGCUGUCUCUGACUGCUCAGCCUUGAUUUGGCAUUUAGGCCCAGCUGCCCACUGGGAUUGUCUGCCAACAUUUGCUCUCCUGAGAUCUUUCAUGUCUCCUGGCUGCCCCUGGGGUAGGAGUGGUGGUGCCGAAGCCCCUCAGACUGGCGAAGGACCAUUGCUGCUGCUUUCUCCUUCCUUCCCGCCCUCCUUGGCUGGCGACCCAGAGCCCUCUGAUGACACCAUACUCCACUCCUGGCCAGAGAAAAGGACUUGACUAGACUUUCUGAACUUGAACAGUUUCAGGUUAUAUUUUAAUUUUUUUUUUUGUACAGGUUGAUUCUAAUACAUUUCAACAUGCUUUUUUCUC